AUGACCAGCACCCUCAAGAUGCGCGAUACAAGAGGGUUGGAGCCCUCUCGAAUGAGGCGAAUGGCCACUCUGCGAAACAGAGUGCAUAAACUGGUGCGCGAGGAACUUCUUGCCUCCAACAGCACCGAUCUCGAUGAACAUCUGAUCGUCCUCUAUGAUUUCGAUCUGAACGCCUUCGGGCCGCAUGCCUUCACUCGUCACGCUUUCUUCGGGGCGCUAGGUCGCCAGGAGACGCUUCGGAACGAUUGGGACAUGCUCUGCGCGAACAGCCUUCGGCACAUCGACGAGCUACCCUCCAACCCGGUGGGCCUCUGGGAUUGUUUCGCCUUCCGCGAUCUGAAGAACGAUUCUUACAACGUCCCAGAUUGCAUAGACACGAUUGGGCACACCCUCUACGCGCAGUACGAUCUGGUCCCCGUGCACUCGUGCUUCGGCGGGCUGGCGAUUUACAGGCCGGAGAGAUUUCUGCAAUGCGAGUACGACCCCGACGUGAACGACUGCGAGCACGUCGUGUUCCACACGUGCAUGCGCCAGAGGGGAGCGAGGGCCGGAUGUUCAUGGACCCGCUGCUGA